AUGCCCCCGAACAAAGGGGACACGUGCAAGGAGGGACACCCGAGAAAGGGGUUCUCGCCGCCUGGGAGCCUGCAGAUCCCACGCGACGAUAGCGCGCCUACAGCUUUCUUGGUGUCAACGUCCACGUCCUCUCGCCUCUUCCUCAACGAGAGGUUUUCAACCGCCGGCGAGAUGAGUCCUUCCCUCGCUCGGGGCGUCGUGAUCUGGGCGGCCGUGUGCGCCGCAGUUUGCGCCGCGUGGCCGCAGGACGACUGCUCGCCGGCGAGGUCGCCUCGGCCCCGACCGGCGUCCCACGGCACGCGGCCGGCGCGUCCCAGAUCGUCCGCCGCGGAGAGGUCCAACGACGCGGCCGUGCCACCGGCGGCGGAGGGCGACGGCGUCGCGGCCGCCGGCGAGAGGACGGGCAGUGGCCGAGGGCCCAACCGACACAAGAUACACGGCCGCUUCAACAUGGACACGUGGGCCUGUCCGGGCAUGGAGUCCAGGACGUGCACGAACCCCUCCGACUGCCAGGGCUGCUACGGCCUCUUCACGUGCUCGCGGACGCGACGGCUCUGCGUCCACAAGCGCGUCGCGCGCAAAACCGGGAUCUUCCAAGCGAGCCUCCUCCAGACGCGCUGACAGUCACUCGCCGCGCCUCGCUCCCUUACCUUCCCAAGGGAUUUUGCGAUAAACGGCAGGCGCUUGAUAUAAUUCCUCUGCACCUCCUCCGGAGACUACUUUAAAACUACUUUUAGUUCACCAGGUACGGCCCACUUAGCUAUGUAGCUCUCUUUGUCAGAAGCGAAAUGGCCACAAAUAAUAGCUCGUCGAAGUGGUUCAUCACGUGGGAAUGUAAAGCAGCCAAAUGCUCUAGACGCACAAUUCUAAAUGUGGAGAGAAAAACCGGAGUACCCGGAAAAAAACCCACGCCUCUACGGCGAGAGAGACACGCAAACUCCAAAUGAACAGCAGGUGUCAGGGUCGGGAUUGAACCCACGCAAUCCUGUACACCAGGUGAGGUAGUUAACAUCUCACCAACCGCGGCGCCUCAUUCUGUAUAGGUAAGCAGUAAAUA